AUGGGAAGGGGUGAUGCAGAGGAAGGCCAGGUGCCUGAAAGAGUGAAGCCUCCAGAUGGUGGCUGGGGCUGGAUCGUGCUGCUCGGAUGCUUCAUCAUCACCGGCUUUUCCUACGCCUUUCCAAAGGCAGUGAGCAUCUAUUUCAAGGAGCUGAUGCAUGACUUCCACGUGGGCUAUAGUGACACGGCUUGGAUCUCAUCGAUCAUGUUAGCUAUGCUGUAUGGAACAGGGCCCGUGAGCAGUAUUAUGGUGAACCAGUUUGGGUGCCGGCCUGUGAUGCUUGUUGGGGGGCUGCUGGCUUCCUCUGGAAUGAUUUUAGCCUCCUUCACCACCAACAUUAUUGAGCUGUACUUGACGGCUGGUAUGCUGACAGGUUUAGGUAUGGCUCUGAACUUUCAGCCUUCUCUGAUCAUGCUAGGGUCUUACUUUGACAAGCGUAGACCUCUGGCCAAUGGGCUUGCUGCAGCUGGAAGCCCAGUGUUCCUUUCAGCCCUCUCUCCACUGGGGCAAGUCUUGCUGGAUAAGUUUGGCUGGCGAGGGGGAUUCCUCAUCAUGGGGGGUCUCCUACUUAACUGUUGCACUUGUGGUGCGGUAAUGAGACCCCUGGAGAUGAGCAUGGAAAAGGCAAGAGAGAAAGCGCAGAACAAAUAUGAAACUAAAGAAAUGCUGCCAAUAGGAGGAAGGACAGAAGAGGCUAUCAGCACCAUGGACAGCACCAAGAAGUCCAAGAAAGCCAAGAAGAAAAAGAUGCCCAAGAAGGGGAAAAAGCUAUUAGAUUUCUCUAUCUUCAAAAACCGGGGCUUUGUCAUUUAUACCAUUGCCAUGUUCAUCAUGGUCCUGGGUCUCUUUGUGCCCCCCAUACUGCUGGUCAAUUAUGCCAAAGACACAGGUGUCCCAGACAAAGAGGCUGCUUUUCUGCUAUCUAUAAUUGGUUUCAUUGACAUCUUUGCCCGUCCAUCCUGUGGGAUUCUCGCUGGGCUGAAGUGGUUACGGCCCCAUGUAACUUACUUGUUCAGCUUUGCCCUGCUCUUCAAUGGCCUGACGGAUAUCUUCAGUGCUAAGGCUAGCACCUAUACGUCCCUUGUCAUCUUUUGUGUCUUCUUUGGCAUCUCCUAUGGGAUGGUUGGGGCACUGCAGUUUGAGGUGCUAAUGGCCAUCAUUGGAUCACAGACGUUCUCCAGUGCCAUUGGUCUUGUCCUGCUAAUUGAGGCCUUGGCGGUGCUCAUUGGACCACCCUCUGCAGGGAUAUUGGUGGAUGCACUCAAGAGGUAUGAGGUUAUUUUCUACCUGGCUGGCUCAGAGGUUGUACUGUCUGCUCUCUUCCUGGCUAUUGCUUCCUAUUGUUGCCUCACUCGGCAGAAAAAUAAGACCUCUCAACCAGAGAAUCCUCCAGCAGGUGGAGGUGGCAGUGAAACAGAGGAAGCAGAAUCAGAUGUCCAGGAAGCGGAUGAUCACCCUGCUGACAAUCACCGCCUGUCUCACAGCAGUAACAGUGCUGGAGGUGAUACAGUGAACCACAUUGAAGAGAACAGAAAUGAAGGUGGAAGUGGGCGCCGGGAAGGAGAGGGGGAAGCAUUGGUACCAAGUGGCUGCAAUGUCAACCAGACAGUCGAAAGAAACAGUUUUUAG